AUGUUCUCCAACCUAUCGGCUGCUGAUGAAGAUGGCGCCUGUUCAAAGGACACAACGUUUUACUCCUGCGAUGCCAAUCAUUUUAGGGGAUGUUGCUCCGUGGACCCUUAUGGCGGCAAGGGCGACGGCGAUUCAAAAUCUGCCGUCUCCGUGCUUGAUGAAGCCACACCAACACCAACACCGACGACUUCGUCACGGCCAGCGGCAACCUCCAAGGAAUCUGCAGCCAUGACAGACUCUGGCAUCACUCACACGAUCCCAAACAACUCAAUCGUCACGAUAACAAGACACACAACUAUCAUUACGGGUCGGCCAUCAGUAACUACAUCAUCCAACAUAGAUCCCGUGUCAACAACCAGUGACACGCCAAUAACAGAAUCAGUACCCUCAACGUCCGAGGGAGCAUCAUUGCCUUCAUCCACAGAUGCCAGCAGCGCUGCAACGCCUUCCACGAGCUCAACGGCAAGCCCACUAUCACCAGGGGCCAUUGUUGGAAUCGCCGUUGGCGCCGUUGCCCUCAUUGCCAUUAUCGUGGUCAUCGUGCUCACGCUGGUGCGCCGCAAGAAGCAACGCAGAUCUGAAGCCGAUUUUGACCUUCAAGAUAACGGUCGGGACGAUGUAGUCGAAGAAAAGCAUUUCCCCCAUCUUGUGUCAGCCCAUACCACAGGCACCCAGGGGAGCAGCGAUCCCUUUGCCCCCUUUGGAGGUCGAGCAGAUCAGCCUGAAGAUCCAUACCGUCCGGCUAGCGGUGCCUUUGAGAUGGAUGGAAGCAGCGCUGCCCCGGUAGAGUUGCCUGCCGUGAGCGUCUCAGGCCCAAGCACGAACACUCACAAACUAUCUCGGCUGGAGGCCGUUCAGGAGAUUAAUACUACGGACCCUCGUGCUAAUCUUACGUCUGUGCCGGGAGAUGACGGUAAGCCGGCGUAUGUCAAUCAUUGGGAUCAGUAUAAGAAUCUAGGAUAAUACGUAGGGGAGGAUCGGACAGGUAUGGAAUAGAAGAUUGAGGAAACGGCAUGACAUCAUAUUGCUUUCUCGAGAAGACGUGGUGGACACUACACUCCAUUGGAUGUUGACUUCCUGCAGCUG